ACCACCUUAAAACACACAGCUUUUCCACGACCUUCUCUCUCCCUCUCUCUAAAUCAUGGCUGUUGAUUCAGCGACGUCGUCACCGCUAGGUCCGCCGGCUACGGAAAAAGAUGCAAAAGCUCUUCAGUUUAUAGAAGAGAUGACAAAAAACUGUGACUCCGUUCAGGAGAAUGUUCUGUGUGAAAUCCUGACCCAAAAUGCUUCUGCUGAGUAUGUCCAGAAAUGGAACCUCGGCGGCGCCACUGACCGGAAAACUUAUAAAUCCAAAGUUCCGGUGGUGUCCUACGAAGAUCUCCAGCCGUAUAUCCAACGUAUCGCCAAUGGCGAUCGUUCUCCGAUCUUAUCCUCCCACCCCAUCUCCGAAUUCCUCACAAGUUCUGGUACAUCAGCUGGGGAAAGAAAACUGAUGCCAACCAUUGCUGAAGAGAUGGACCGAAGACAGAAGCUCUAUAGUCUUCUGAUGCCUGUCAUGAAUCUCUACGUUCCCGGUUUAGACAAAGGAAAGGGUCUAUACUUCCUAUUCAUCAAAGCCGAGACGAAAACCCCAAGCGGUUUAGUGGCUAGACCGGUUCUCACAAGUUACUACAAAAGCCAACAAUUUAAAACCCGCCCCUAUGACCCCUACAACGUCUACACCAGCCCUAACGAAACCAUUCUCUGUGUCGAUUCCUUCCAAAGCAUGUACUCUCAAAUGCUCUGUGGUCUCAUUUUCCGGCAGCAGGUUCUCCGGUGUGGGGCGGUUUUUGCCUCCGGUCUGGUUCGGGCCAUUAAGUUUCUUACGUUAAACUGGAAACAACUCGCCCUUGAUAUCGAAACCGGAUACCUGAACCCUAAAAUCACCGACCCGGAUAUCCGGGCAUGCAUGUCGAAGAUUCUAAGCCCUGACCCGGAUCUAGCCCGGUUCAUUACGGCUCAGUGUUGUGAAGGGAACUGGGAAGGGAUUAUAACCCGGGUUUGGCCGAAUACCAAGUACCUUGACGUGAUUGUUACUGGGGCCAUGGCUCAGUAUAUUCCCAUCCUUGAUUUUUACAGCGGUAACUUACCUCAAACUUGUACGAUGUAUGCUUCUUCUGAGUGUUACUUUGGGUUAAAUUUAACCCCAAUGGUAAAACCCUCAGAAGUUUCUUACACCAUUAUGCCAAACAUGGGUUACUUUGAGUUCAUCCCACAUGACUCCUCCAACUCGGUGCCAAACUCGGAAGACUCGCCACCUCAACUCAUCGACCUUGCUGACCUCGAACUCGGAAAGGAGUAUGAACUCGUCAUUUCGACCUACUCGGGUCUCUGUAGGUACCGGGUCGGAGACAUUCUCCGGGUCACGGGUUUCCACAACUCCGCCCCGCAGUUCAAGUUCAUUAGGAGAAAGAAUGUCUUACUAAGUAUAGAUGCUGACAAAACCGACGAAACCGAGUUGCAGACAGCCAUUGAAAAGGCUUCGGAGCUUUUGAAAGAAUUUGAUACAGCAGUUGUGGAGUAUACGAGCUAUGGUGACACCAAAACGAUACCAGGUCACUAUGUUAUUUACUGGGAGUUGUUGGUGAAGGAUCCGGGUCAUGGUCCUGGUCAGGAAGUGUUGGAUCAGUGCUGUUUAGCAAUGGAGGAGUGUUUGAAUUCGGUUUAUCGACAGAGUCGGGUUGCGGAUAAUUCUAUUGGGCCGUUGGAGAUUCGGGUCGUGAGAAACGGUACGUUUGAGGAGUUGAUGGAUUACGCGAUAUCACGAGGGGCAUCCAUAAACCAAUAUAAAGUUCCAAGGUGUGUUAGUUUCACACCUAUCAUGGAACUUUUGGAUUCCAGGGUCAUAUCCACCCAUUUUAGCCCGAGUGCACCUCAUUGGGUCCCAGACCGACGUUUCUAAGAUAUUAAGGUCGUUUAGAAGUUAAAGGGUGCGAUGUGUAGGUUCAGAAGGUGAAGGGUGAAUUGUGUAGAUUCAGAAACUGAAAGAUGUAAUCAUGUAGGUUCAGAAAGUGAAGGGUGUGUUGUGUAGGAUCAGAAAGGGAAUGUUGCUCUAGUGUGUAGGUUUAGAAAGUAC